CCCGGGUGCCUAAGUAUGACCGCCCGAGGCCUCGCGGGCAGUACCGGUGCUCUGCCCAUGGACCUGAGGACAGCCCCAGCCUCCCGCGAGCAGGGUUGGUAUUUGAAGCUGAUGGCCCCCAACAUCAAGGGCCCAACCUAUGCCUGGCUGGACCCCUCCCGCCUCUACUGCCACCCUCAGGCCUUGCACGACUGCGUCGAAGAUUUGGUGCAGCCGUUUUGGAACGAUGCCAUCGACCAGGUGGUUGGAAUCGACGCCAUGGGCUUCAUCCUGGGCGCCGCCAUUGCCGUCACCCUCCAAAAAGGCUUUGUGGCCAUCCGCAAAGUCGGCCACCUCUGUGUCGAGACCUUCACCCAGACCUACAGGGACUACUCAGCCCGUGACAAAGUGAUGGAAAUCCGGACAGAUGCCAUCCGCCCAGGCCUCCGAGUCUUGCUGGUGGAUCAAUGGGUGGAGACGGGGGGAACCAUGCGAGGUGCCAUCCAGCUGGUGGAAAGGCAAGGUGGCGUGGUGGCAGUCUACCUCAGGCUACCAGAUUGCAUCACCCGAAUUUUUGCAACCCGGCCCCUCCCGAGGUGUUCAAACUGCAGCUCCUCUCCACCCACCCAGAGGGCACCAGGUUGGAGAGCAAGGUGCAGGCCGGGUAUUGCUGCCAUCUGCAUUGAGGACAGUGACAGCGGCCGCUGGCUCAAAUCCCACUAUAAGUGGUCCCACUGCGUGCCCCCUCACCUGAUGCCCCAGUUCAACGCUCACCAGCUGGACUCCUUCCAGGCCUUCCGAUCCAGGCCCCCGAGCGAGGAGCAGCCACAAGGGCACCCGAGCCGCAUCCUCACCCAAGCACGCCAAGGGGUUGGCAGCACCCCUGCUUAGCCUGUGCCUUCUGUGCCCCCAACAGACCCUUCCUCAGGCCCAGAACGGAUUCACUUCCCCUAACCCUGUCUGCCGAGCAGCUUCUGCGGCUCCAGAAAGCAGACCAAGCUGGUCCCAGCACAACCAAUAAACCUGCCGUGCCAAGAACA